CAUUUUAUCACAAUAAAAUCAGAUUACAUCAAACAGGCUUAGUUUCUCUCUCCUCCUCCUUCCUUCUUUGUAACAGUCGUAUAACAGGUGCUGCUCCACCACCGUUUUUUCACGCCUGAAACUGGUGAAACAUCAUCUUUUUUCGGUUGUUACAAAAGAAUUUUUUUUCUUAAAAAAACUAUUAAAAAAAAACAGUUUUAAUUCAUUUUCAUAGUUAAAAUCAUGGGUUUUCUUCAUAAGCUUUGGGACGAAACGCUUGCCGGACCAACGCCAGAUUCCGGCCUUGGAAAACUCCGAAAAUACAACUCUUUAUCCGCCGCGGCGACUAGAUCCACGGCUGCUCCGCCGUAUGUUGUAAUUCCUCCACCACUUGAUGAUCAAAUCCCGAUUACUCGGAGCAUCACUGUUCUCCGAACCACCCCUGGCUCGCCGCAUAACCUUAAUUCUUCUCUUGACUCUGGAUCGGUCCCGAAUUCUCCCGCUAGUUCCAGCACUCCCACAUCGCCAUUUUCACCAAGCACUUCAGGUGGGAACUUCAAGAAAUUGACAAGGAGAAAAUCAACCUCAGCCUCAGUGCAUCAAUCUGAUCCAAAGAGUCCAACUGGUUAUGAUUGGAUUGUGCUAAGUGCUUUGGAUCGUUGACUCUUUGGGGAGAAAACGAUGAUUUUGUGAGGGUAAAAUGGACUUUUUGUAAAUAAAGAACCCUAAUCAGUGUCCUGUAAUUAUGAGUAGAAUAGGAGAGUUGACUUAUCUUCAAGACUUAUGAGUCCAUCCUCUGUGUGAAGAAAGUGAUAUCCUUUUAUGAGUAGUUUCUUGACUCUUGUAAAUAUUAUUACUAUUUUUUUUCUUUUGAUUAUCAUGGCCUUGUAUAUAUGUGGAAUUAAUGUCUUUGCAGUAAUUUGCACUCUAAUGAAAUUUGUGUUAAGCACUUAAGCUUUC